CCAACACUAGCAAAUUCUUCUUCAUCGACUCAAAUUCAAAAACUCAUCUCUCUUUCUCUGGUUCCAUAGCUCACCGUCGCAUCGCAGAUCUACACCUGCCGGAGUAGAUUUUACUGGCGGAGGUAUCAGAUCUCGCCGAUCUGUUCUAGCUGCUACUGUAUUUUGGGUUCUUCAUUUGAUAUUGGGGAAACGAGGAGUAGAGAACGAUGGAGAAUCUCAUCUCUCUGGUUAACAAGAUACAGAGAGCUUGCACGGCUUUAGGAGACCAUGGAGACUCCAGCGCUUUACCUACUCUUUGGGAUUCCUUACCUGCGAUUGCCGUCGUUGGUGGUCAGAGCUCAGGGAAGUCUUCAGUCCUGGAGAGCAUCGUGGGAAAGGACUUUUUACCUCGUGGAUCUGGCAUUGUUACUCGAAGGCCCCUUGUCUUACAGUUGCAAAAGAUCGAUGAUGGAGCCCGGGAGUAUGCAGAGUUUCUUCACCUCCCGAGGAAAAAGUUUACUGAUUUUGCUGCUGUGAGGAAGGAGAUUCAAGAUGAGACUGACAGAGAGACUGGACGCAGCAAGGCUAUUUCUAGUGUUCCCAUUCACCUUAGCAUAUACUCUCCCAAUGUUGUCAACUUGACACUGAUAGAUCUUCCAGGGCUUACAAAAGUUGCUGUUGAUGGACAAUCUGAUAGUAUAGUGAAGGACAUUGAAAACAUGGUUCGGUCCUACAUUGAAAAGCCCAACUGCAUCAUUUUGGCAAUCUCACCUGCAAACCAAGAUCUUGCUACCUCAGAUGCAAUUAAAAUUUCCCGUGAGGUUGAUCCAUCGGGGGAGAGAACAUUUGGUGUCUUGACAAAGAUUGAUCUUAUGGACAAGGGGACUGAUGCAGUGGAAAUUCUGGAAGGGAGAUCUUUUAAACUUAAAUAUCCAUGGGUUGGUGUCGUCAACCGUUCCCAAGCAGAUAUUAACAAGAAUGUCGACAUGAUUGCGGCUCGGAAAAGAGAGAGGGAAUACUUUUCCAAUACUACUGAGUAUAGGCACCUUGCUCAUAAAAUGGGUUCCGAGCAUUUGGCAAAGAUGCUCUCCAAGCAUCUAGAACAUGUGAUCAAGUCGAGAAUUCCAGGCAUUCAGUCACUUAUUAACAAAACAGUAUCAGAGCUGGAAACUGAACUAAGUCGCCUUGGAAAGCCUAUUGCAGCUGAUGCAGGGGGGAAGUUGUACUCAAUAAUGGAGAUAUGUCGGCUUUUUGAUCAAAUAUUCAAGGAGCAUCUUGAUGGAGUGCGUGCUGGUGGUGAAAAAGUGUAUAACGUGUUUGAUAACCAGCUUCCCGCGGCUCUGAAGAGACUCCAAUUUGACAAGCAGCUAGCGAUGGACAACAUCCGGAAGCUGGUCACUGAGGCUGAUGGUUACCAGCCUCACUUGAUUGCUCCUGAGCAAGGUUACCGUCGUCUCAUUGAGUCUUCUAUUGUCUCCAUCAGAGGCCCUGCUGAAGCAUCUGUUGACACCGUUCAUGCCAUCUUGAAGGAUCUUGUUCACAAGUCUGUGAAUGAGACUGUGGAACUAAAGCAAUACCCAGCUCUGAGAGUGGAGGUGACAAACGCAGCCAUAGAGUCGCUGGAUAAAAUGCGGGAAGGAAGUAAGAAAGCAACACUGCAGCUGGUUGACAUGGAGUGCAGUUACCUCACUGUUGAUUUCUUCAGGAAACUUCCCCAGGAUGUUGAGAAGGGUGGUAACCCCACACACUCCAUUUUCGACCGCUACAACGAUUCCUAUCUCAGACGAAUCGGAUCCAAUGUUUUGUCUUACGUGAACAUGGUCUGUGCUGGCCUGCGAAAUUCAAUCCCCAAGUCCAUCGUAUACUGUCAAGUCCGAGAAGCCAAGCGCAGUCUCCUUGACCAUUUCUUCGCCGAACUCGGUACCAUGGACAUGAAGAGGCUUUCGUCUCUGUUAAACGAAGAUCCAGCCAUCAUGGAGAGACGCAGUGCCAUCUCAAAGCGGCUAGAGUUGUAUCGAGCAGCCCAAUCCGAGAUCGACGCUGUUGCUUGGUCCAAGUGAACCGGCAUCUCAUGUCCACUGUUUUGCUCGGUUCUGGUCGGUGUGGCUCAGACUCGGAACAGAGAUUUAGGUCCUGUAAUUUUUAUAA